GCCCGCGUCCCCCUCCCGCCCGCCCGGGGCGCGGAGCGCGGCUGUGCGGGAGACAAUAGCGGAGCGGACGGCUCCGCGCCGGGCCGGGCCGGGCAUGGGCGGCCAGGGCUGCGCGGCCCCGCGGCCCCCGCGCCGCCCGAGCGGGCUGUAGCGGGGCGGGGGGCGGAGGGAGAAGGGGGGCGAUGCCCCACGCCGAGCCCAGCCCGCCGCUGUGCUGAGCCGGCGGGGCUGGCCGGAGGCUGGAGAGCGGGACAUGGUGCUGGAGCCCCCCGUGACGCUCCCCGGGUGGCCAAGGGGCGGCUGGUGAGGAGCUGGAGCGCGGCGGCGGAGCGAGGCCACGGUGAGGGAGCCCCGAGGAUCCGGCUGGGGAGCCAUGGGGAGAUGCAACGGGCGAUGCACGCUGGUGGGAUUCUGCUGCCUGCAGCUGGUCGCUGCUCUGGAGAGGCAGAUCUUUGAUUUCCUGGGAUACCAGUGGGCCCCCAUCCUGGCGAACUUCCUGCACAUCAUGGCCGUGAUUUUGGGCAUUUUUGGGACCAUCCAGUACAGAUCCAGAUACCUCAUGAUGUACGCGGUGUGGUUGGUGCUGUGGGUCGGCUGGAACGCCUUCAUCAUCUGCUUCUACCUGGAGGUCGGGCGCUUGUCACAGGACCGGGACUUCAUCAUGACCUUCAACACGUCCCUGCACCGCUCGUGGUGGAUGGAGAACGGCCCGGGCUGCCUGGUGACGCCGGUGCUCAACUCCAACCUGGCGCCCGAGGACCACCACGUCAUCACCGUCAGCGGCUGCCUGCUCGACUACCAGUACAUCGAGGUGGUGAGCAGCGCCACGCAGAUCUUCCUGGCGCUCUUCGGCUUCGUCUACGCCUGCUACGUCAGCAAAGUGUUCCUGGAGGAGGAGGACAGCUUUGAUUUCAUCGGCGGCUUUGACUCCUACGGGUACCAGGCACCCCAGAAGACGUCGCACCUGCAGCUCCAGCCGCUCUACACCUCGGGAUAACCGGGAGCCAGCGGCGCCAGGACCCCGCGGAGCCACCAGCCCUGAUGCCACCAGCCCUGAUGCCACCAGCCCUGAUGCCACCACCCCCGGCGCGACGGGGCCGCCACGGCGAGCGCCCGUCCCCUCCUGCCCCCCGGGACAUCGCGACAGCAGCGCCGGGAGCCGCUGGGCGGGUGGGCUGUGCCACCCCCGGGCUCCCACCCUGCCCGCGGUGGGGACACGGCGACAGCGCCGAGGUGGCAGCGCUCACGGGACACCGCUGGAUCUGCCUCUCCCGGCCUGGCUUUUCCUUGGAGCAGCGGAGCGGGCUCGGGACGGGGACAGGGACAGGGACAGGCACCGCCCUGGGGACAGGCGGGCUCGGGACAAUUUCGCGGAGCUCCGGAUCUGGCUCAGACUGGCUCCACGCACGGGACCGUGCUCCCGGCAGGAAUUCUCCGGCCCCCACGCCGGGAUGAAGCGGCGGCCAAGGGGCUCGCUCUGGGAUGCUCCGAGGAGUCGGAUCCGUCCAUCAGCAUCGCCUCGACCCCCGGAUUUGGGGACGCGGGGGGACACACAGGACCCCGAAGUCCCCCUGCACCCCCCUCCCGCCCACAUUCUGGGGCCUUGCUCCGAGCUGGGAACAGCGAGGCUGCUGUGGCCCAGCCCCGUUCCCGCCCUCCGAACGAUCUGAUGAAUGUUUUGGGUUGCUUUGGGAUUUUUUUUCCCCCAAUCAUUUCUUUGGGUUUUUAUUUAAUUUAAAGUGCCUGAGUAGACUCUGGCUGAGCCGGGCCCCCCCAAGGCUGACACCGUGCCUUCAGCAUCGCUGGGACCCCCCAGGGCCCUCCCAAACCUCGCCCAGGGCUGGGGGUUCCCCCCGGUCCCUUCAUCCGUGGGGGUCUCGGUGCCACAUCCAUCCGUCAGCUCCAGCGGCACAGGGACACCGGCACGGGGGGAGGGAUUUUUGGGGUGUGAGGUGGGGUGGGCAGGAUUGCUUUGCAGAAGGAAGAUCAGCUGGGAAGGAAAAGCCUUGGAAGGAACUGGAAGGGGAAAAGGGAGUUUCCUGGAGUGUCCCAGCUUCCCAGAAGCUCCUCGCUCUCCUUCCUGUGGGAUGUGGCUCCUCCAGACCCCUGGAUCUGCUCUGAAGCCCACCCUGCCCUCCUGGGAGCUGGGGAAUUUGGGUGGGUUUCACCUCCCAGCUGUUUCUCCUCCAGUGCCAGGGGAAUUUUUUACACCCUGGAAUGGUUUGUUGACCCUUCCCAACAGGGAGUGCUGGAAGUGCCAGGGCCUGGAGCUGGGAUGGGCUGAGCCCCCACGGCCCCCACCACCUCCAGCCAAGCUGUGAACUCUACAGGCAAUAAUUUUCCACCCUUUGCCCCUCUUUUUUCCAUGGAAAAUGGUGGGUUUAUCAGGCAGUGAUCCCCCUCAUCCCCCACAACAUAUCCCCAUCCCCAAGCCCUGGGGCCAGCAGCAUCCUUGGGGUUUAUUUUCCUCUCCAGGACCAAGGAUGCUGCACUGACCUGCUCUGGGACGGGAUGGGAUGAGAUGGGAUGGACAGGCAGGCACUCCCCUGCUACCAACCCUUCCCAAACCCAGCAGGAAGCAGCAGGAAGAGCUCACUGCAUUGAAGCUCUUGGGAAGAGCCUCCCUCCCUCCCUGGGCUCCACAGGAGCUGGGCACGGUGCUGCAGGACCUUGGGUGUUUCUGUUCCGUUGGCUUGGUUUUCUAUGAGCCCGUCUUUGUAACGUGAAUCGAGGAUUUCUUUUCUAUUCUGUAAUUAUAAAAGUCAAAGGAAAGUUUCAGCUGGUGCUGUUCUGCUUUGGGGCACUUCCCUUCCCCAGGCAGUCCAGGUGACUAAGGUGGGGGUGGUUUUUAAAUUUUUUUAAAAAUUCUUUUUCUCUUCUUCCCUUCCUUCAUACUGCCACCUCCCUCCUCAGGGCUCUGAAUGCCCCAGAUUUCCCCAUUUUAUAUCAUGGAAUGCUUUGGAUUGGGAAGAGAGCUUAAAUCCCACCCAGUGCCACCC